UAAGUUUUUCUUCAUCAGAAAAUUAAUCUUUAAUUGUUUGUUGUUGUUUCUCUUGUUUCAAUCUGAUCACAAUUAGUUAAUCUGUUUCUCAUUAAUUUUCUCAGCAAAUCUACUUAUUCAAUGGAUCAAAUUUUAAUUCCUUGGCCGGUGUUUCCAUCAUCUUGAUAAUUUCUCUUCCAUCAUAACAAUUGGAUUUAUCAUCAUCAUCAUCUAAUAUUUUUUUUUAUUUCUACUCUUCAUCUUAAUUCAGUUUAUUUUUUUUCUCUCUUUCUCCUUUUUCCUCUCUCUCUCACUUUCCUCAUCAUCUUCUCCCCAAUCUCUUUCACCUCAUCUCCAUCUCUCUUACUCUUUUUUUUUCAUGAUCUUUCUCCUUUCCAACUAAUACUUAGUUUCACUUCUCUUUCUUUUCUUUUCUUUUCACUUGUCUCUCUCUCUACUUCUCUCUUUUAUUUGUCUCUCUUUUUCUUUACUCGACUGUAAAUGGUGGUGUUUAUAUACUUCAUCUAACGUAUAUAUCCAAUUGAAAAUGAGAAACAAAAAAUGUUAAUCUUAUUUAGGUCAUCUUUUCCAAUUUAACUUACAAUUUCGUCACUUUGUGCAACUUGGUCAAUCGGGUGAACCCUUGAUGGUGUUAAUCUUUCACUAUUAUCAUUAUUUUAACUUUAAAUCAAUUGAGAUAAACAUCAAAUCAAUUGCGUGUUUGUGUCUACACAACCCUAAGAUAUAAAGCAAUUUCUUUACUCAUAAAUUCUAAUAUACAUCAACCCUUAGUGAUCCUUAUUGACCCGUUGAAAUUAUUCAAGAUGACGGAUAUUUUUUCAUGCCAAUCUUGCGGCUUAGAGCAAAGAUACAAUGCUGUUCUUCAUAAAUACGAUAAAGUGGUCAAAGAAUGUGCUGAACUGAAACAAUCUCUGGCUAAAGUUCAAAGUCAACGAGAUGAAUAUAUUAAGGAAAUUAAUCAAGUGAUCACAGCUCGUUUAAAAGCAACUCAAGAUUUAUCCAGAAUGACCGAAGAAAGAAACUCAGCUAUUCAAGAAUAUAAUCUUAUCAUGUCAGAAAGGGACACGGUGCAUAAAGAGAUUGAAAAAUUACAAGAAGAAUUAAGUGAAAAUCAAAAAAAGUUAACUACUCUUCAAGAGGAGAAAAUUGUAAACAUUGAACAAAUUGACAGUUUAAAACGUGAGAUAACAACAGUGCUAAUUGAUCGUGAUCGUUUAUCCAAAAAGAUUCAAGAAGAUAGAGCGAGAUAUGGUGAUUAUGAAGAAGACUCUGUUUCGCCUCUCCGAUCACCUCCUUCAUCUGUUAACAACAAUACAAACUCUAAUUCAAACAACAACACUAAUCAUAAUCACAACCACAACAAUAACAGCAACAACAAUAAUAAUAAUUCACACAAUCAAUGGGACUCUUCAUCUUCAGGUAUCUCUUCCUCAUGGAAACAGACCAGUUUAGCUUCAAUUGGAAGUCAUGGUCAAUCGCAAUUAAGUUCAUCAAGAUUAGAUUCAAUGGAACAGGUUAACGUUGAAAUUGAAGUUCGUCGACAAAAUGAACGCUUACAACGGGAAUUAAUGUACUGUCACAGUGAAAUUGAGAUACUUAAAAAGGAAAGAGAUGCCGCUCUUGAGUUUAAAGAGAAAGUUGCACUUGAACGGGAAAGCAUGAGGACACUUUGUGAUAGAUUACGAAAAGAACGAGAUCGAGUUGUUUGUGAUUUAGCUGAAGCUUUACGAGACUCUGAUGAUAUGAGAAAACAACUUAACGAUUCACAAAAGGAAUUAAGUGAAUUACAAGAAAAAUUAGAGAGCGAUAAAGGUUGUGGUAAUAAUAUUUAUCAAGAUCAAAGUUGUUCAUCACUUUCAUCAACUCUUUCAUCUCCAACUCACAUUACUGAUUCUCAACAACAAGUUCCCACUUCACCAACACCCACCCUACUUGAUAGAGCUUAUAACAAGAUAUAUGGAGUAAGAAGAUCUCGUAAAACAAUUGAUGUUACACCCGAACAAGAAGCUCGUGAAACAUUGGCCUCUCUCGAUAAAGUUUUAGCCGAUUACUCCAAUCAAAUAAAAGUUGCCAAAAAAGCUUUAGAAAAAUCUCAAAAAGAGAAAGAAAGAAAUGGCGGAACAUGGCCUAAAUAUCGUGGACCUCAAAUUCUUAAACUAUCCGAAGAUGAAAAGUUAAACGGUGGUCCAACCAUGAGAUCAAUUAAUCGUAAAGGACGUAAAUCUCUAACUGUUUUUAAUCCAGUUAUCAAGACAAAUAAUGAUUUAACAUAUAAUCAUUUAUCAAAAGGAGAAUCAUCAGUAAACGAACCUAAAAGCGGGUCUACUUCAUCAUUUAAUCGGCUUGAAUCAAACAAUUUCCCCAUUUAUGAUAAGAUAAAUGAACAACCGCCUCCAACAACAUCAACAAUCAAUGAUUAUCACUCUAAUUCUUCUCGUAGUACUCCAUCCAAUUCAUCAACACCGAUACCAAUUAGUAAUAAUGUCCUUACACCAUCAGAGAAAAUAUCAUCAACCGAUCUCCAUCCAGAAACAUCUAAUUGCCUUCACAAUUAUGAUUCACUACGAGAAUCAAUUAAUUACCGUUCACGAGGUAAAGCCGAUUCCAUAGAUUAUUCAGUUGUUUCUGCUCAAAUUCAAUCCUAUCGAGAGAGAAAAAUUGGUGACAGUAAUUAUCGUCGAGCAAAUAACAGUACGAAGUUAAGACCACACUCAAUUCACGAUGUUCUCUCUGAUGCCUUUAGUCGGACAACUUUGUCUCUCUCAAAUCCAUUAUCAUCUCUAUCAACUUCCGAUAAUCACUCACAACAACAACAACAACAACAACAACAACAACAAUCACAAUCACAACAACAACAAAAUCAUCACCAUCAUCAACAGCAAUCAUCUCAUGACUCUUAUGAACUUGCACUAUCUAAACCCUCCUUACCCAUACCACCAACUCGAUCACCAGGUGAAUCUAUUGGUCUUUUCCGUGUUGCUCAACCUCUAAAUAAAAGACCCUCAGUCUUCACGAAUCAUGUUCACCCUGUAUCAGGAUCGUUGCCUUCAUCAUCUUAUCACAAUUCACCAAAUUCAAUUUCAUCUUUGACUCGGUCACAUCAUUCACCAUCAUUAUCAAUUAACCAAACUCUCCCACCUCGUUGUUCACCAAAUUCACCUCAUUCUCCAAUCUAUAAUCCUCAUUUAUCCAGAACAAAUGAUUCAGGAAUAAUUUUAAGUGAACAAAAUCGCCUUUACGAUCUUCCCACCACAAUUAGUACUUCCGGAACAACUUCCACCCUAACCAAUAGUAAUAACGUGAAUAAUAAUAACCAUCAUUAUAGCAAUAGUAUUGUUAGAUCGAUGAGCUCAUACCAACCAAGUGUCGCUAAAUUAGCAGUUAAAGAUAGUCACCAUGAAAAUAAUCGUUACUCAAAUGCAUCACCAACAUUAUCAUUAGGAUCUGAUUAUCCCAAUUUAAUAAACAUACCCCGAACCUCAUCUUCCCAUCAUCACCAUCAUCCUCAUCAUUAUGGUCAAGCUUCACUUCACAUACCCCAAACAAGUAUUUACACUGGCGUUGGUAUGGGCUAUAAAAGCGACGAAAAUGAAAGUGAUUUUGUUUCCUCUUACGAUAGACUGUCAACAUUUCCAAAGCGAAGUGCUCGUAUAAGAAUACCCUCUAAUCCAAGUGUAACUUCAACAUGUUCCAGCGGUAAACUGUCCACCAGUUCAAUUGAGAAAGUGGCAUCUUCAGCUCACUCUGACCGCGGAAGUCCAAUAUCUUUUAACGUUGAAUGGUUAAGCUCUGGACGACGGCAUCGAAACGCAAAUGACCUGAUACCUUGUCCUGGUGAUAUAAGACAUAUUGAGAUAAAUCGUAGCUCAGGUACCCUUGGUAUUAAUAUAACCUCCUGUUCAGCGGGCGUUUUUGUCACCACCGUUGAAAAGGAUAGUCUUGCUAAUCAAUCGGGAAUCCAAAUUGGUGAUCAAAUAUUGGAAAUAUGUAGUAUCAAUAUGCGAAACGCUGGUUACGAUCAUGCGGCCAAUAUCCUUCGUCAAUGUUCAGAAAGACUUAAUCUUCUUGUGCAAUAUAAUCCAAACAAAAUGGUAGCUAAUAAACAAUCAACAUUAAGUCAGGUCAAUCAUAAUUAAAACAUCGAGACGAAAAUCAAAAAAAAAGUUACAGACUGGAAAGUGAUACUAUCAGAGAGAGAGAGAGAAACAAAUAAAAAAGGACAAUAAGACGACAACGAUAAUUAAUCAACACUAGAUGCUCACAACAACUUUUCUUUAUUGCAAUUUAAAUGAUAGACAUAAUUUUUCCCCCUUUUUGAUCAUCACAAUUAAGAAAAUUAAGAGGAAUCAUAUACAAAGAAACAAAAGGAUAUUUUUUGCUUCCUUUCAACUUAAUCUUUUCUCUUAAAUAUCAAACUUAAUGACUGGUUUUAAAUUACGAAGAAUUCAUUUCAAGACGAUCUAUCAACAUUAACCAGAAUCACUCAGACAUGGAAAGAGUUUUCAAAGUUUUUUCCUUUCACUGUACAUCCUGAUAGCUAUUUUGAUGAUAUCCAACAAUUAACAAGAAACAUUUAUGGUUAAAUUAAUGAUCUUCUUGAUUAACAUCGAUCCAUUGAUUGAUUUGGAUCUAGUCUUUAAUUGUUUCUUUUUUUCUCCUACUCUUAAAUUGGAGGAACUAAUUUUUCCACUUUUGCUCAAGCAACAAUCGUUAACUCAAUUUCUAAUUGCUUUAAACAUACACAAAGUAAUCAGUCGCCUUCUUCUUUAAUCAUGUUAAUCAUCUAAAGAAAUUAACUCUUACCUGUUGACAUUAUCAUCAUCUACUAAAUUACAAUUAAUUUUUAUGCACAUUUCACAAUCAUAAUUAUAUAUAAAUUCAGCUCAUCCGAACCGUUAAUUGAUCUACAUUUCAACGCAACUCAAUCGAAUUUUCUUUUAUUCUUUUUUAAGGUGAACGAACCAUGGAAAAGUUUUUGGCAUCAGUUCAUCUGUAUUAGUAUUUAUUUAUAUUCUAUACCUGUUUACAUCAUUACAUCAUCUUCCUCAUCAUCUCGCCAGUAUGGAUUUUAGUAACAACGACCUAAGUGAGGGGUAAUUCUUGUGAGGAGAUCGAUUAUCAUCAACGGAGAAUCCGUCACAUGGCCUCCGUUCAAUGCAAUGGCUUUAGAUGGACCUAAAGUUAGAUGGAAAAGCGGAAGUCUCUGUAUCAAAAUGCUAUUUGAAAAUCUAUUGCUCCCGAAACCCCGAUGCUAUUGAGAAACAACAAUUAGCAAAGUUUUUCGCUAUUAUUUUAAAUACUGUUAUGUUGAUUGACUCUUUACUCUGAUGGUAAAGCUUUCAAAGCAAGAAUUAAGGAUGUUGGCGGGAAAGCUUUUAAUCAUUUGAAGGACAUUGGUAUCUUAUCGAUAACUUGAUUGCUUGAUUAGAUAAAAACACUCGUAAUUAAUCAAUGUGAAGAAAAUUUCUGUUCAAGAGUCCAACCAAUUUACCAAAGAUGUAAUCCCCGAAUAGAGAUAUUUUCAAUCCAUUACAUUAUGGAUUAUAUUUCAACUGAUCUACUGUCCAUAAACGGAAGGUGUUAAAUACCAGACGAGGUCAGAACGACCGAUAAACACAGUUUCGAAUAUAAUUCCUAUUUAUGGUUUCAUUUUCGAUUUUCAAACCAGAAUUAACAACGAUAAUCACUGAAUGAUUAAAACUAAACCAUUAUUUUACCUUCUACACGAAUGAAAAAUACAAAAUGUAGUAAAAUUGGACUUUUCGACCGUAUAAACAGUUACUUUGGACCAUUUUUCAUCUGAAAUUUGGGUCUAAUUUAAAAUCGGAUUACCAAUUAGACUCAAUUGAUGUAACAGUUAGCUUAAAUUCAAUCUGGUAAACUUGAUAACUUUUACCUGCAUGUAAAAUUGUUGAAUGUAAACAAGCUGAAUACAAUGAUUUAUGAAUUUAUUAUAUAAUUUACACCAAUGA